GAGUUUAUAAAGGUUUAUUUGCUUUCGUUAAGCGUUUAUUGGUUCUCUGGUAAUUUUUCUCCAAUUAUAUGUGUAACUUACGUUAAUUUCGAGGUUAUUACAAGUUAGGAUCAUUCAGUUUUAUCAUUGGUCGUAAAAAUAAUAUAAAAUGGCAACAUUUGAGCGAAGUGGUGGUUCUGCCGUUCGCAACGUAAAGAAAGAUAAUGAUAUGUCAAAAGUUACGUUUGAAACUUCAGAAGAGGUUGAUGUCACCGCAACUUUUGAUUCUAUGGGACUGAGGGAAGAUUUACUAAGAGGAAUAUAUGCUUAUGGAUUUGAAAAACCAUCAGCAAUUCAACAAAGAGCAAUCAAGCAAAUCACAAAAGGCAGGGAUGUCAUUGCACAGGCUCAAUCCGGUACUGGUAAAACUGCCACAUUCUCCAUCUCCGUCCUUCAGAUGAUCGACACCCAACUUCGUGAUACUCAAGCUCUGGUGCUUUCCCCAACAAGAGAAUUGGCCCAACAGAUUCAAAAGGUUAUUCUUGCCCUUGGUGAUUACAUGUCAGUACAAUGUCAUGCUUGUAUUGGAGGUACAAACGUAGGAGAGGACAUUCGUAAAUUGGAUUAUGGUCAACAUGUUGUGUCUGGAACACCAGGGCGUGUAUUCGACAUGAUCCGCAGAAGAAGUCUCCGUACUCGUUCCAUCAAGAUGUUAAUUCUCGAUGAAUCCGAUGAAAUGUUGAACAAAGGAUUCAAAGAACAAAUUUACGACGUUUACCGAUAUUUGCCGCCAGCAAUACAGGUUGUAUUAUUGAGUGCUACACUUCCGCACGAAAUCCUUGAGAUGACAAACAAGUUCAUGACUGACCCGAUCAGAAUUCUCGUCAAACGUGAUGAACUGACACUAGAGGGCAUCAAGCAGUUCUUCGUAGCUGUAGACAAGGAGGAAUGGAAGUUCGACACUUUAUGUGAUCUUUAUGAUACUCUUACCAUCACACAAGCUGUCAUAUUCUGCAACACAAAGCGUAAGGUUGACUGGCUGACUGAAAAAAUGCGAGAUGCCAACUUCACUGUAUUGUGUAUGCAUGGUGAUAUGCCACAGAAGGAGAGGACUGAAAUUAUGAAACAAUUCAGAUCAGGAGAAAGUCGUGUAUUGAUCUGCACUGAUGUUUGGGCUCGUGGAUUGGAUGUUCCACAAGUAUCUCUCAUUAUCAACUAUGAUCUACCGAACAACAGAGAACUUUACAUUCAUAGGAUUGGAAGAUCUGGACGUUAUGGCAGAAAGGGUGUGUCUAUCAACUUUGUUAAGAACGAUGAUAUUCGUAUCUUGCGUGAUAUUGAGCAAUAUUACUCCACACAAAUUGAUGAAAUGCCCAUGAAUGUUUCUGACUUGAUCUGAACAAGAUGGUAGAAAACUUGUUCGUCUUCAUGACUUGAAACAAUUUUUAAGCAUGUUGAAUAACCACAACAUACACGCAGUUUCUUUAUGCUGUGUAGAACAUCUGUAUAUUUUAUCCCAGACCAGAGACAUUGCAUUUUUACGUAGUCAGCGCGAAUACAAUUUGUGAAUAUCCAAACGGCCUUUCAGUAGUCAUAAUGUAAAAUGUUUCGUACCAAUUUUAAAAUUUUUUUUGAGAUCUUGAAAAUAAAUGAAACUUCGAUUUUA